GAACGGUAGAAGACAAAGGGAGAGGUUCUCAUCUUUAUCCCUUUCUCUUUCUCUUCUGGGAAGUUCUCUCUCCUCUCCAUCCUUUCUACAAUUGUCGACCAGUCCACACAUCAAAAAGGUUCUAUGUUCUUCGCUACCUUCGCCGCCGGCAGCAUGAAGGACGAACCUUUUCAGCGUCACUAUCUCCACCACCACCUCCAGCAGCAGCAGCAGCAGCAGCAGCAGCUGCAGCAGAGGAGUGUUUCUGAUGAAGUAGACAGCAGCAGGAGCAGCGGCGAGACCAAGAGGAUAAAGGUCGACGAGCCAAAGGAGCAGGCAGCGGCGGAGGGGUCGACGAUCGAGGUGGCCAAGAGGCCGCGGGGGAGGCCGCCGGGCUCCAAGAACAAGCCUAAGAUCCCCGUGGUCAUCACGCGCGACGCGGAGCCGUCCUCCGCCAUGCGCCCUCACGUCCUCGAGAUACCCUCCGGACACGACGUCGUCGACUCGCUGGCCGCCUUCUCCCGCCGCCGCAACCUCGGCGUCUGCGUCAUCUCCGGCACCGGCGCCGUCGCCAACGUGACCCUCCGCCAGCCCCAGUUCAGCGGAUCCGUGUCGGCCGCCACGAUCGCUUUCCGCGGCCGCUUCGAGAUCCUCUCCAUCUCGGCCACGUUCCUACCGCCAGCGAUGGCAGCGCUAUCGUCCGCCGGAACGGGCGGGGGCCUCUCGAUCUCUCUAGCAGGGCCGCAGGGUCAGGUGGUGGGCGGAAUCGUGACGGGGCCGCUGGUGGCCGCGGGGACAGUGGUAGUAGUAGCGGCCGCAUUCACCAAGCCGACCUUCCACCAUCUCCCGGCGGGAGACGAUGCGUCAGUCUCCGUGUCGGUCUCCGGCGACGGCAGCAGAGGCGACAUGGAGGAGCGCGAGCAGCAGCUGCACGCCCAGCGGCGCCACCAAGGGCCGGCGGACGGGGUCUCGGCCGCAAUGACUUCUGAGCCGACCGGCCUCUCGGUCUACAGGAGCCACGCAGCGUCGGACGUGAUUUGGGCGCCCAUGGCUCGCCCGCCGCAACCUCCCCCAUUCUGAUGCAGAAUUGAAGCUUCCAGUUUUCCUACUUCUUCGUCAUCUUCAAUUCCAUAUUAUUAUUAUUAUUAUUGUUUCGGGUUCUUACAGUUUCUCUGUUCGCAUAAAUGUCUGAACCACCACUCUCCAAUUCUUGCUCUCCGGCCGAUCAAUUAAGAAAACUCGUCUUUUUUCUGUAAGAGCACUGCAUUUGGUGAGACUCAUCUCUCAUCCGAGUCCUUUGUAACACUGAACGGUGCAUGGACACUGAGUCCUUUGGUGAGACAAAGAACGCAGUGCUAGCUCUAAUUGCAAUUGAUCCAGAGUUGGCAGAGCAGUAGUACAGUAGCAGGGAUACCCACGCCAUCGAUUGCUUGCUGAUCUAGAUCUCUGCUUGUCUUCUUUCUUCCUCCUGCGACCCUGGCCUGUUUGACCAGCAGCGAGGGUCGUAUUAAUUGGGCGGCCGGGGCAUCAUUCCUAUCCAUGAGCAAAGGCCCCAAAGUCUGAUACCCUUGGGAGGGAGGGAGUGGAUGCAUGCACUUUUUGACUUGAGUGGCGUACACAGUGGGGGCUUUAACCUUGGGGAAGAAAGGUGCACGAAUUGGUGCAUCAAAAGCAGCACACGCGUCGUGAAGUACUUUAGUUGGGCAAGCGAAGUAAAAUCUGCGUGCAGUUCUCGGCAGUUGGGGGGUUGUACUUCGGCUUUCUGCUUGGCCGGCUAUUAGGAAUGUAAAAGCAUGUGUGAAGACUUAUUACAUCUCGCAUUUUUAAAUGUAAUCCAGUUAUCUAGCUUGACAACUAGUAAUUAGAAAGCACGGAUUCUUUUUGUU